AUGUUCAUCAACCACACCCACACUGACUUAGGCAAUCGUUUGCCCCCGGCUGUGUUGGAGAAAGCAAAGGGCAGACGCCACAACCGGCAGAUCAUUGCCGAGUUGUUCGAGCAAUGGUUGAGUGCAGGGGAGGACUGGAUGCGUUCUAGCUUGGUCUGCAAUGCAAGCCGAUCCUUGCAACAACGUCGACGUGGCAAAUACGUGAUGUUGGAGAUGAAGGUGUUGAAAGCCCGGUAUGGCAAUGGAAUUGCCAAGCAGAUCCUUCAGGAGAAGAAGGAGAUGGAGGACAAGAAGGAUCCAUCAGACCCUGUGGUAUACUGGAUGAAGCAUCCAGACAUUCCACAUGAGGAUCACGAGAUGGUUCGUGUCUUUGACUCCAUGGUCUAUGAGGACGAGGUCUCCGACGAUUUGACAAUGGGUGUUUCGGCCACUGGGGAGUUGGAUGCAUCACAGACCAGACAGGUCAUGCAAGUUGCAGUUGCUGGUGACAUUGGUCGAUUUCAAUCGGCUGGGUUGGGAUUGCAGCCUGGAGGGGCUGUGCCUGGUGGAUCCCCCCCAGCCCCGGUGGAAAAACCCAAAAAGGUUGUCCCAUUGUCCAAGCAGCUCACAAACAAGAUCUCUUCAAGUUCCACCAAGUUGACUGAGUUAAUGGCUUGGGAGGCCAAAGUCACUGACAACACUGUGCUGUCGGCCACCUUACUCAAUGGGUUCAAAUCAGAGCUUACAGCCCGCAAAGAAGCAAUCUCGAAUGCCAAGACGUCUUUGGAAACUUCAUAUGCAAAAACCCUUGGGAAGACCGAACAGCAGCUCCAAGAAGACCAGGGACUUGUCAAUGAGAUCACUACCAACAUCGCGGCCAUUGAAUCAGCCUUCAAUUCAUUCAAUGGGACGAUUAAGACCAUUAAGAUGUCGAUCGAUCCACAGCCGAAACGUGAGCCCAAGGCCAAGGCCAAAGCAAAAGCUGCUGCGGCUUAA